AUGGAAGAGCCGCCUGCCGACAUUAAGGAACAAGAUGAAGAAACGUCCCGUCGGACGCGCAUGCGCCUCGCCCAGCGCCGCUACCGCUCCAAGAAGCACGACGCCCUCGCAGCCGCCGAGCAAAAGGCCGCCGCGCUCGAGACCGCCCUGCGCGGCACCCUGUCCGCCUUUCGAGGCCUGCAGCGCUCUCUUCUAUCCAACAACGUGCCACCCGCCGUCGCCGUCGCCGUGUCCAGGGCGUCGCUCGACAUCUCCAGCCUGCUGCACAGCAGCGGCGUGCAGGUCCAGGACACGCUCGGGUGCAACCUGCUCGACUGCUCCAAGACGACCUGCGCGCGCAAGGUCCUCGCGGAGCAACUGACCCGGUCCGCCGUGCCCGCUCCCGGGAUGGGAGGAAGCUUCAUCGAGCAGGGGCAACCGGCAGACGCGUUGCUGCUCGGUGCCGACGACGUCGACCUCGGGCGCUUCUUCCCGCAGCUGCACCGCAAGGUCGAGGGCGCUGCCGAGACGGUCCUCCGCCUCGCGCCGCCCCAUCUGCAGCGCCUCAAGUACGGCCUCACCCGCACCUGGCUCGAUGCCGCGGACGUGCCGGAGCUCGCCGGCGAGUGGCUCGAGGCCGCCGACGUCGAGGAGUACCUGGUCCAGCGCGGCAUCCACGUGCGCGACGUCGGCGCCCCGCAGGGCCUCGCCACGCUACACCUCGGCAGCGACGACGCCGAAGACACCUCGGAGGGCCCGCUGACGCCGGAGUGGGAGCCGGAGCUGCCGGACUGGACCAUCUUCGGGAAGAAGCUCGACGACAGGCAGGACAUCCCCGGCGGCGUGCGCGUGGUGUCGACGGCGUCACCGCCGGCGGGCAGCUGGGACGCGAUGGGGCAGCAGCAGCAGCAGCAGUCGCCGACGCCGCCGACGCAGGGCAAGAUCACGAUUGACGUGGAUCGGCUGGUUGCCGGCCUGUCGAGUCGGGGCAUCUGCCUGGGGCCGGCGCCGGGGAUACGAAGACACCACGUCGACGAGGCGAUACAGGAGGCUGUGCAGAUUUGUUAG